UCUGCACGCGUGGAGCCCGUGAGGACAGCCUGCCAGAGUCGGCCUCCUCAGUGUUCCAGGUCUUCUGACGCCAUGGGCACCCGAUGCCUCCUGGUUCUGCUUCUUGUCCUUCUGGUAUUGAGAUGUGAGGUCCAGGGGGACGACAUGGCCCGGCAAGAUGAAGCCACGGGCCCCACCCUCCUCUCCCAGAUGCAGGAAUCACUCUAUGGCUACUGGGACUCAGCCAAAGCGGCCGCCCAGGACCUAUACGAGAAGACAUAUCUGACCGCUGUGGAUGAGAAAAUCAGGGACAUGUACAGCACAAGCACAGCAGCUGUGAAAAUUUACACAGGGAUUCUCACUGACCAGAUACUUUCUAUGCUGUCGGGAGACUCAUAGCAGCUGGGCCCCGACCGUGGGGGAGGGGAGAGCCCAGA